GUCCCUGCCUGUGUUCUUGCCUCUUGCCUCUUGCGCCUUGCUAGCUUGCUUGCCUCCCUGCUCCCUCCUCCUCCCUCUUCCUCGUCGCUUCUCUGAUUCUUCCUGGCCUUUGCCGGAGCAAGGCUAGGCGCGAGGAGAGGGUGCUGUGCUCAGCCAGAGGUCAUCGGCGCUACGCGAGCGCACUGCCUGUGUACGUAUCUCUUCUCGUCUCUCUCGAGCUCUGCGCUUGGUCUGGUCGGAGGUUUCGUGAGCACAAAGUUCUUGCCCCGUCUCUUUAGUAGUAUCGAUGCUUGUUCUCAACUUUCUAGCGUGUGAUUAAGCUGGGGACGGCCCUCUCAGUCUCUCACGGUGAAUUUGGCGGCGAAUUUGGUGGGUAUUUGUGGUCUUUUGUAGCAUGAACACGAGGAGAUUUCGGCGAGCUGCUGAAAACGCGGAACUGUUCUGGUUUUUUUUCCUGUGUGAAAUUCGAGUGCCGAAGGACGAUCCUGUAGUUCCAAGACUCUAAGCUCGACAGAGAUGUUCGGUGAAGGCUGUUGGCCUGGUCUCUGUUCUCCGCACUUCUUUCUCCACUCGUGAUUCUGCGCUGUGAUUUUCCGACGACGAGGAGUGAAGUGAGCCCCUCUUUUUGUGAUGUGAUGUCGGGAAUUUUACGGGGUUAGUAGUGCUUUGACGUACGGUAUAUUCCGCAUCCGAUUUUCCUGUUGCAGGGGAGAUUUGUGAUGGUCUAAAAACGAAAAGUAGAGGAAAGGGGGAAAAGGGGACGGAUGCUGUCUGGUAGAGUUGUUACUUGCUGCCACUGCCAGAGGAUCCAAGAGUAUUAGCGGACCUGUUUUGCUUUGGCGAAUUCACUUAUAACAUGCUCCCGGCAUGCGAGAAGUGACAGCUGAUUUCGAGUUUCGAGUAGAGUAAAUUUGUUGACUAAUACUAUUGUUUAGUCAAAGACGCAUAUCUUUUUCUUGUUUUGUUAAUAAUGAUUACAUUUACAUUACUUCCUUUGUCUACGGACUAAUCGUCACAAUACUAAGUUUUUGUUUUUUCAUGUCGAAUUGAUUAGCGCUUUCCCUUUACAGAUUUAUUAGUGGUUAAAGUAUGUUCUUUCGACUGCAUUAGGUUGUAGAUAGUUCCUUGUUUCACCUUUUCUCCACUAAUGUCUUUAGUGAUAUCAAAUGUUUCAACAGUUGGCCUUUUCCUACUGGAACUGCAGUACUUUGAACAUGCUUUUUGCAAAUACUUGCACUAAGGAUGAAUAAAAUGUUAAGCAACGACUGUUUAGGGACACAGGAGCCUCAUACAUUUUGCAAGACCACUGAAACACUGGAACAUUCACACCCUCAAGAGGUUACACUUGAUAAAACGGUGGCGGGGUCAACGCUAAUAAGUCAUCAAAAUGUGUGCUGCACUGCCGGAGUAUCAGGGGAAAACGCUGAAAUCAUGGAAAUCACCUUAUUGCAUGAUGAAUCUGAUGCAGGAAGCACCAGUUUGCUACCGCCAUUGUUGUCAUAUGGUCCAAGAUCAAUGGUAAUUAACCUUUAUUUUCCUUUCAGAAAGUUCCUGGGAACACCAGCAUAGUUGCAUCGCUAAAGUUUCAAAAAUGGAAGAAGAAUGGAAAAAGAAAACACAAACCAGCUUUGACACAACACCAUGAUAGUAGUAGUAGUACUAAAUUAUUAUUAUUAUUAUUAUUCGACGUCGUCCAACCAAAAAGCCCAGUUCUUGAACUUCGUACUGAUUCUAGCUAAUACCACAGCAGCUAUGGUUAGAUUUUCUAACAACUUCCCUCGAUCAAAUCAUUUUGGAUUCAGUUCUCUUAGAUUUUCUUUUUACUCCCUCCAUCCCAAAUUGUAAGUCAUUUUGGUUGUUUUAGAUACAUAAAAUUUUGGUAUGUAUCUAGAUAUACACUAUAUGCAUAGCAAAAUCUAUGCAUAUAGAAAAAGCCAAAACAAAUUACAAUUUGGAACGAAGGGAGUAUUUAAUAAGCUCUAUCAUGAAAAGCUUCAGUUGUUUUUUAGAAUUUUCUUUGCUAGUAAAGAAAAGUUAAACUCAGAAAACCACAUUUAAUUUUGAAAUGUGCUGGUUUACAAAGCUUACAUUUGGAAAUAACAAAGGCGUUAGGAUGAGGUAGGACAAAGCCAAUUACAGUAUUUUACUUCUAAAACUCGCAAUACUCUAACAAGCACUGAGAUUUGUUAAACCAGUAUUUGUGAUUGCAAAUUAUAAAACUAUGCUCUGAUAACUAAUCAUGCAAGUCAAAUAGUUGGAUAAUAAUGGUCUGAGUUUUCAUGAUGCAGCUGCUAGUGCUCUCGAUUAUCAAGCUGUGAGUGUUCUACUUAGAAACAAUAGUGUAUCAGUAGAAGUGAAUGGGAUGAUCUUUCUAAGCAUCAAUGCAUCAUCAUGUUCCAAUACAAGUACCAUCGUCAUCAGACCUUGAGAGUAUCCUGUCACCAGAUCCAGUCUGCAGUGAUCUUCAGUUGAAAGAGAUAAACUACAAUGCUGCAGCAAUGGAUGAAAGCACUGAGCUCCUUCACUUGAUUCUUGGUGGCAAUGAUGAAGGAUACAAUACCACAACUGAAUUACAAGUUUGGGAUGUUCUGGACUUCUAUGUCUCAGAAAACUUCUCGGCUCUCCAAUUUGAUAGUUUGAUGGGUUUUACAAAUGAAGUUAGUACUUCCUACAAUGAUUGUAUGAAUUUAGUUGACAUGGUAGAGUGGCCCGUGGCUCGUCUGUCUCUAGAUGAUACACCAAAACUCAGUAACAGUGAUGAUGCGGUUCUGGCAGACAAUGUCACAACGGACCCUGAUGAAACAUCCUUAUACCUUCGUACAAAACCAACAGAUUCAGAAACUGAAAGUAGCUCUGACGCAGGAGAUGUUGAAACUGAAUAUCUAGAUCAAAAGCUACUUUCUAGAUGUCUGCCUGAUUUAAUGGAUGUUGACUCGCCCAACCACUUACUGAAAACACCAGUGAGAACAAAACAUGUGACUCUUGUGCUUGAUUUGGACGAGACUCUUGUACAUUCAACAUUGGAUCAGUGCGACAGUGCUGAUUUUACCCUAGAAGUUUUCUUCAAUAUGAAAAAUCACACAGUGUAUGUGAAGAAAAGGCCUUACCUGAAAGUGUUUCUUGAGAAGGUUGCUCAGAUGUUUGAGCUUGUCAUUUUCACAGCUAGUCAGAGAAUCUAUGCUGAGCAACUUAUAGAUAAACUUGAUCCUGAUGGAAAAUAUAUCUCACGGCGUAUUUAUCGUGAAUCUUGUAUAUUCUCUGACGGUUGCUAUACAAAGGAUCUGACAAUCUUGGGGAUCGACUUGGCGAAAGUUGCAAUAGUUGACAAUACUCCACAGGUUUUCCAGUUGCAAGUGGAUAACGGCAUACCAAUUAAGAGCUGGUUUGAUGACCCCGCAGACCAGGAAUUAAUCGAGUUACUCCCGUUCCUGGAGAGCCUCGUGGACUCAGAUGACGUGAGGCCAAUAAUUUCGAAGGCCUUCCAUGACAAACCUGAGUAGAAAUAGUCCUGGAGAGCUGGAGAGGUUCACUGGAAUUAAUCCAGUGAACCUCUCGCUGAAGUUAGCUUCGCUCCACACGGUGCAGGCCAUUCUUGGGAAGUUAGGUAUAGGAUCAAGAUUCACCAUUUAUGUUAUGUUAGCUGUUACAAAUAGCAAGCAUAAACUGCGGUCGUCGAUGAAAAUGGCUUGUGUGUGUAUGUCCCUUCGGUGUUCCGUGUCACAGAUCAUUGUACAGAGACGAACAAUAGUGCUGAAUAAAGUGAUCUGAGUGCAAUUUU